CAUAGUAGAACUAUUUCUGAGUUUAUCUGCGUUGACACCACUUCCCGAGUCUGCCCGGAGGGAGGAGGCCUCGUUACCGUCCCAGUUUGUCUAAUCGAGCAGUGAUCCAGGUGGGGAUCGCGGCGCGAGCGGCGCUACUGAUGGAUACUACUAACUGAGCUUCGAUUCUUCUUACAUAAGUUUCUUCCCCUCUACUUUUAGUGUAACACUCGUUCGAUGUUCCUACCAGCCACGCUCAUCUCUCUGUCAUGGUUUUCUGCUGUCUUUGCUGGUAGCGCCAACUUCGGAGACUCAUGCAGCGUUUCUAACAACCGACUUCAAGUCGGAACUUACCAGUUCUACACCGACUGCAAUUCAGUGACCUAUUGUGCCUCGAAUGGUACCUGUGCGCAUCGUGGCUGUAGGAAAGACGAUUUCCCUUUCGGAUACCCACAAGACUCAGAUAACCUCCCUCCAAAAUGCGGGAAAAGCCAAUUUUGUCCGGACGAGAUGGAUGAUUGUUUGAAUGUUUUGCCGGUUGGCAGCGCUUGCCAAAUGAAUCGAGACGACCAAUGUGAAGGCCCACCAAAUUACAAGGACCUUUUGGACACGACUAAUCGCGGUCUGAAUGUGAACGGAUCUGUAUGCCUCAAUAAUGUCUGCAUGUGGGCAAACGUUACGGAGAAUGUCGAUUGUGUGGUUCAAAAUACGGCCUACAUUGGCUACACCGCGAGCGGUGACGAGUUCAUCGACAUAGUAUCACGCGGAAACUGUCGCGUUGGCCUUUAUUGCGAUGCACAAUCUCUAAAAUGCUUUCAGGAGAAAAGCUUAGGCGUUUCUUGCGAUGCUGAUAAAGAGUGUUCGACGUGGAAUUGUAUGUCAUCAGGCGUGUGUGGCACCGACCAAGCUCUAGACCGUCAUCUUAGCUCUUGGGUGUAUGCUAUAGUAGGAAUCGGGAUUUUCGUAGGCAUGUUUGGUACACUCAUCGGACUCUUCUGCUUGCAUACCAAACAACGUGAUGCAGAACGGGAAAGGCGGCUGCGUUACUGGCGUGAACAGAACGCUUUUCAUCAAAACCUUUCUCAGAUGAGAGAAGCAGCUCGUUCGUCAAUUUUGUCCAUACCUGGAAUUGGGAGCAGCACUCGCAGUACGCUCUAUGGUGGCAAUAACUCGGACGACUCACACGCACCUAUGAUGCCAAACGCACUGGGGCAGCCAAGGACAUCAAGACUACGCAAUCACGUCAAGGACGAUGGAAAUUCCGAGGACGAUGAUGAGAGCCUCAUAAUGCAACAGCCUGUUCAGUCCUUAAGGGGUGACGACGGGCGAUUUUGAUACAGGAUAUUUUGUAGAAUGUUUCAUCUGUUAUCUCCAGCCAUGUACGCGCUAUCCUGUUACCAUUGAAUACUACCAUUGAAUACUUGGGCUUCGAUGUAAAGUGACCGCUUUAUCAUCUCUCGACUGAGAGGUUGCAGGUGGCUAGUUUCUUGAAUCUUUAUGUAGUUGUUUUCAGGUACUCUCAAUAGUGAUUAAACUCGAUCUACCAACUUCAUCCCCUAAUGUUACAGUUGUCAUCGCAGGAAGAUUAUAUUACCAUCUUGGAGACCUUGUAUCAGUCAAAUCCCA